AUGGCGUCUGAGGCUGUAGGAGGAAAGAGUGACAGCCCAAGCUUCAAAGAACACAAAUACACUGAGUUUGGGAAGUGGAUGGAUGGAUGGGAGACCAGAAGGAAACGGACUCCAGGUCACGACUGGUGCAUCAUCAAGCUGGGGAUACAAGGGAUUAUCCGAGGCUUCGAUGUGGACAUUUCUUACUUCAUGGGGGAUUAUGCUCCUCGAGUGUCAAUUCAAGCAGCAAACUUGGAAGAAGAUAAACAACCAGAAAUCCCACAGAGAGGAAUCAGGAUAGGAGUGGCAGCCACGGCAGAGGAGUUUGAGGCCAUUGCUGAGCUGAAGUCCAGUGACUGGAACUACCUGGUCCCUAUGACAGAGCUUAAACCAGGAAAGCCUGCUUCCAGCCACAAUUAUUUUCCUGUCAAUUCCCAGCAGAGAUGGAGUCACGUGAGACUCAACAUUUUCCCAGAUGGUGGAAUUGCACGUCUUAGAGUAUAUGGUACUGGACAGAAAGACUGGACUGCAACUGACCCCAAAGAACCUUUUGACCUAGUGACCAUCGCUCACGGGGGUGCCUGUGUAGGAUUCAGCAAUGCACACUUUGGGCAUCCAAACAAUGUGAUAGGAGUUGGAAAGGCCAGGUCCGUGGCAGAUGGCUGGGAGCCUGCAAGAAGGCGGGACAGGCCGCCAGUAUUAGAGAAUGAUGAGAAUGGCAUUCUCCUUGUUCUGGGUUGUGAAUGGGCAGUUUUCCGAUUGGCACAUCCUGGAGUAAUAACUCAAAUAGAAAUUGAUACAACACAUUUUAAAGGCAAUUCUCCCGACAGCUGUAAGCUGGAUGGUUGUAUCCUGACGACUCAGGAGGAAGAAGACAUGAUCAAACAGAAGUGGGAGCUUCCGGGCCAUAAGUGGAAACCACUUCUGCCAGUCACCAAGCUCUCCGCCAACGAAAGUCACUUGUUCAACAGCCUGACCCUGGAGCUCCAGGACGUCAUCACGCACGCGAGGCUCACCAUCUCCCCCGACGGCGGCGUGAGCCGUCUGCGACUCAAGGGCUUCCCCAGCUCCAUCUGCUUGCUGCGGCCCUGCGAGAAGCCCAAGAUGAGGUUCUUCGUGAAAGCGGGCUUCCGAGCCAACCUCUGACUCCACGCGUGGCCGGCGCGGGCUACGGGAUGACACAGUCCCACGCUUCUCCUGAAGUGUCUUUAACACCUAAAACUUAAGAGGUUCCUAGCAAUGAAUCUUUCUAAGAUCAACAUAAUUCCUGGUGAUUUAAUAAAGUGGUCA